AUGCAACCCCCUCUGCCUUCCGCUACGCCCACAUGGCACAAUGACAUUUACGAUGCCAUCUCCCCCUCCCGCGAGGAGUUGACCGCGGCGGGGAAGACGGUGAUCGUGGUUGGCGCGGGGAGUGGAAUUGGUCGAGAGACCGCCUUAGCUUUUGCUGCCGCCGGUGCGGCCCGAGUCAUUCUUCUCGGUCGUUCAGAGUCCGCUCUAGCCGCGACCGCAGCCUCAUUGCCACAGUCUGUUAAAUCCGAGGUCUUCGUAGCAGAUGUGACGGACGAGAAGAGACUGGCAGAGGUGGCAUCGGCAGCCGGCAAGUGGGAUAUCCUUAUCCUGGCCGCCGGCUACACCUCGUCGCCCUCGUCAAUCGUGGGUUCCACCACGGAUGAAUGGUGGCAAAACUUCGAGACAAACACCAAGGGCACAUAUCUCGUAACCAAGACUUUCCUCCCCACGGCUAACCCCUCGCAUGCUUCGGUGAUCGCAUUGACGACCGGCACCACGGCGUUGCCGGUCACCAUGUUGAACGGUCUCUCCCCUUACAUCGCUUCCAAGCUAGCGCAGACCAAGAUCAUUGAGCAUCUGGCGGCGGAGAACCCGAACCUCUUCGCCGCAAUCCUGCACCCGGGCUUCGUCGAGACCGACAUCUUCAAGAAGAGCGGUGCCAAGGCUGAGGCCCUCCCAAUGGAUACAGUCCAACUCCCUGCCCACUUUGCUGUGUGGUUGGCUAGUUCAGAAGCCGCUUUCCUGAAGGGACGCUCAGUUUGGGCGAACUGGGAUGUGGACGAGCUCAAGAAGAGUGCCGGCGUCAUCGAGUCCGGCCAGCUUCUCACGAGCGGUAUUAACGGCUGGCCAUUCACGCCCCUUGCCUAA